AUGCCCAAGAGAAAGGCUGAAGGCAAUGUUAAGGGAGAUAAAGCCAAGGUGAAGGACAAGCCACAGAAGAGAUCUGCAAAGUUAUCUGCUAAACUUGGUCCUUCAAAGCCAAAGCCCAAGCUUAAAAAGGCAAAGAAGGGAGAAAAUGUACCCAAAGGGGAAAAGAGAAAGGCUGAUACUGGCAAGGACAGGAAUAACCCUGCAGAAAAUGGAGAUGCCAAGACAGACCAGGCACAGAAAGCUGAAGGUGCUGGAGAUGCCAAGUGA